GUAAAAACAACAAAAUGUGACAAUAACUACAAGGUGUGUAGUCUUAGUGAGGCAGUCAAUAAAUACAAAUUUAAGAUAAUGUAUUAGCUAAAAAGCCCUUUUGAAAAUGUGAAAUGGGUCGGAAAGUAUAUGUCAUGAGUAAAGUAGAAGAAAAUCAAGCAGGGCUUACCAACAGGGAAAGGAGUGAGCAGGAUUGGAGGCGAAGGUGUGAUUUGAUGAGAGUGGUCAAGAAAGGCCUUGCUGAGGAAACUCGUGCCAAAGGUCCAGCGUCUCAUAGUAGCUUCUGAUUGGCUCAGAGCCACAACAAAGAGGGGCGGGACAUGCACGUUCAGCUCCAGACUGUGGUGGCUGUGCAUCGUUAACCUUGCUGAUUGGCUGUACCGUGGGAGCCCAGUUAUUCGUUGGCUGCUGAGGAAUAGCACUGUGUGCCUGGGAAUUCUUGCUGUUGCAUAUGGACCUGCCACAUUCACACCUCGAACCUGCCAGACUGCUUAACUCCUUCUGCUCUGUGGAGAAGACAUUGCAGUGCAGCUGUUCCUUCCAUGGGAUCCCCACUCCCUCUGUGCAGUGGUGGGUGGAUGGUACUCCUGUGGAUGUGAACAGUGGACAUGGUCACCUCCAGGUGACCUCUACCACACUUGGUCCCUGGGACAACAGCACCCUCAGCCUGGCCAAGGACCCAGAAAUGGGCACAGUUCUUCUCUGUGAGGGAAAGAACCAACAUGGAAUCGAUGGUUUGAGCAUCCUACUGAUGUCGAGAAGGGGCCCUUUGGCUCCCCAGAUUUUUCUUGAAGCUCUGUUACAAGGUGUUGUCUACGCGACCUUGGCAGUCACACUAUUUUUUCUCUGCCUCCUCCCCUUCAUAAUGAAACUUCUCAAGAUGAAGCAGGCAAAGAAGUGUGUGCAGAUGAGGGCACAGCAGGGCUCUACGGCUGGAACAGACCAGGCAUCCCAUGUGAAGCCCCCAAAGCCCAGGAAAUCCAGAAGUGAGCCACCCUCUGAGGAUCAGCUCUUGGAAAAGGAAGAUAAUCUAAAGCUGAGGAAGACCAUGGAGACUGCAUCCUAUACAAAGUUCCCAUUACCCUGGGAAUUACAAAAUCCCAUGGAGACCCCAGAAGCCCCAGGUCCAUAAUAAACUUGAAGUCUUGAGAAUUUGAGCUCA